AGCACUUGAAAAGGUAUUGGAAUAGCAGCAAUACGGCUGUUAAAGAGAGAGAGAGAGCGCGCAACAAAGGCAAGGGAAACAAGGUGUGUGUUCCAGCAGCACCAACUACCGCGUUUCGGUUUUCUUUGCCGCUGGGCACGAGCAGAGGGAAGGAGCCAAAUAGCACUGUAGCUUCUUUGCACGUCGCUUCCCUCAAGACACACACCCAUCAUUCCUUGAUGUAGUGCUUUUGCAGAUCGAUCAGCAAGAACCAAACAAAAACAGGAGAACGAACGUAUGCCCCGUUCGUGUGCUUCUGCCACCUCGACUAUUGCUAGCGCUGCAUCAUUUCGCAUGAUGGCGGUUACUGCGGUGUGUCGUACGCUGCAGCGUCUCGCACCCAUCUCAGUCAUUCGUAUUGCCACGCUCCGUCUGACUCGAAGCACAGCAACACCAAGAAGGCUAACGAUGGUGUCAUCGCCGGUGCUCAUCUGUGCUCAGCGUUUCAGCAGCAGCAGCAGCAGCUGUACUUCUCCUCCUUUUGCCAACGGCAAGCGGACUUGUCUCGCUGCCCACGGUGUGUCCAUCGCAGCCAUUCGCAGUGCGCUGGACAACUCAGAAGCUGACAAGUUAAGCGACACUUCUAUCAUUGGACGCGAGGUAACUGUUCGUGCCCGAGUAGAGCGUGUCCGCGGACGUGGCAAGCUCGGCUUUCUGCACCUGCGUCAGCCUCCGCUGGAGUCCCUGCAAGCCGUCUGCCUCGGUAAAGGCCUCACCACCCAAGCCAAGGCCAUCGCCCCCGAGUCGAUCGUCGAUGUAACAGGGCUGGUGCAGCGUGCCGCCGCUCCUGUCCAGUCCACCACCUGUGAACACGGGGAGCUGCACGUGACCUCCCUGCGCGUCGUCAGCGCCGCGGCGACCCCGCUGCCGUUUCCGUACCGCGACGCGAAUACGAAGUUGGACACGCGGCUGAACCACCGUGUGAUGGACCUGCGCACGGAGCGCAUGGUGGCCAUCACGCGACUCGUGUCUGCGCUGGGGGAAAGCUUCCGCAAGGAGCUGCUGGCGCGUGACUUCAUCGAAGUACACACCCCAAAGCUGAUCGCCGCGGCCUCGGAGGGCGGCAGCAACGUGUUCACGGUGGACUACUUUGGCAAGCCAGCCUACCUGGCGCAGUCACCGCAGCUUUACAAACAGAUGAUGCUGAUGGGCGAUGCAAUGCGGGUGUUUGAAAUCGGUCCCGUCUUUCGCGCGGAGAACAGCUUGACGCAUCGCCACCUGACGGAGUUUGUGGGCCUGGAUGGCGAGAUGGUGAUUGAGAGGAGCUACACGGAGGUGCUGGAUGUGCUGGAGCCGGUGAUGUGCGCCAUGCUGCGAGACCUGGCCACCACGCACGGGAGACUGAUGGAUGUGCUGUCCAAACAGCAGCAACAACCCCAGAAACCGGAAGACGACGAAGGAUGUGUAGCCGCACCUUCACAAGCAUCGACAGAGAGAGGAAGCAGCGCUCCUGCCAAACACGAUGACACCACCGGCUCCGUGUCAGGACGUCGUGACGAGCCACGACGCCACGCGUUACGUGAUGUUUGCUGCGAGGUACCCGAGAGCAUCAUCGACUCCCUCGGUCUGACCAACGAUGCUGGCGCAACCGCAAAGGAAAGCGACGACGGAGAUGCCUUGACUCCACGCUCUUCCUCUGCGUCGUCUCCUAAGGUGGAUCCCUACCACGCCCGCAUUGGUGGUGCUAGCGGAUGUCGCGUCCUGCGCAUGGCCUUCGCGGAUGCAGUGCAGCUUUUAGCCGAUCAAGGCGGUGCCGACGUCAUGGCCGGUUGUGCGCUGCCGCUGACGGAUCUCUCGCUGCCGCAGGAGCGCCGACUGGGCGAGCUUAUUAAGUCUCGCUACGGCGUUGAUCUCUUCGUUGUCGACCUCUUCCCAUCGGAGGCACGUCCCUUCUACACGAUGCCCCUCGACACGGCGAGGCCGGACGGGCCGACGCGGAGCUACGACAUGUACCUGCGUGGGGAGGAGAUCUGCAGUGGCGCCCAGCGCAUUGACGCGGUGCUGCUGCUGGAGCAGCGCCUGGCCGCGAAGAAGGUGGACCGGUCCAGUGUGAAGGACUACAUCGACGCCUUUCGCUACGGUGCGUGGCCGCAUGGCGGCUUUGGCCUCGGCCUGGAGCGCAUCGCACUGUUCUUCCUCGGGCUGGAUGACAUUCGGCGCGUCUCGCUGUUCCCGCGUGACCCGAAGCGGAUCGCCCCGUGA